AUGAACAGCAUUAAGAAGCAUGCAGUGAAUGUGAUCCUGGAUCCUGACACAGCACAUCCCAGUCUCAUCCUGUCUGCUGAUGGGAAACAAGUGAAGCUUGGAAGCAGAAGACAGAAUCUUCCAGAUACUCCAAAGAGGUUUACUGAUUAUGCCAUUGUUUUAGGAAGAGAGGGGUUCUCCUCUGGCAAAUUCUACUAUGAGGUUCAGGUCAAGGGGCAGACUCUGUGGGAUAUAGGAGUGGCCAAGGAGUCCAUUAACAGGAAGGGAGAGAUAUACCUGAAUCCUGAAUAUGGAUACUGGACAAUAUAUCUGAGAGAUGGGACUUAUCUGGCUGGGGCUGAUCCCCCUGUUACCCUCUUCUUGAAGGGGAAGCUCCAAAGGGUGGGGGUGUUUGUGGACUAUGACACAGGUCUGGUCUCCUUUUAUGAUGCAGAUUGCUGGCAUAAUAUCUACUCAUUUACCAAUGCCUCCUUCACUGAGAGAAUCUUUCCAUACUUUGGCCCUGAUGACAUUUACAGAGGUAAAAAUUCAGCUCCUCUUGUAAUCUACCCAGUCCAUGUCUGCCCCACCAACUAG